AUGUCGUCAAAUCCAUUUUCCUAUUCAGAUGAAUUGGAACGAAGUCAGCUUAUCUCAGCAAAAAUUAUUAGUAAAGCAAGAAAGAAAAAUGAUAUAAAAGAGACAAUACAUUUUGUUCAACAAGCUUGUAGCAUAAAUGUGGGACCACCACUUGAUCCAAUAUUUCAAAUAUUAGAUUACCAUGGACUUAGAAGACAUGGAAUUCAUGAAAAAAUUUUUAAAGCACUUGAGGAAAAAAUGAUUCAAACUAUUAAAAUUCUUGGAAGUGUUAGAUGCUACGAAUCGCAAAUUAAGAUUGAAAGGAUUCUUUCAAGAACAUUUGAUCUUCAUAAAGUUCCUUCCAUGAGACCAAUAGUACUGGAAGCUUUAAAAUAUGCUGAAAGAGUUGAUGAAAAAUAUUUACCCGAAAUUAUGGAAAAUAAAGAUCUUUAUGAAGCUUGUUGUGUAACUGUAAAACAACAAAUAUGGUAUUGUAAUUUAGAAUUAUUUAAGGAAGAAGUAUUUAAAAUUUUUGAUGAAUAUAUAAGGAAAAAAGAAAAGAUUGUUUUGUAUUUAGAUUCUAAUGCAUUAAAUUUUUUUAACUUUGAAACAUCAAGAGCAAGAAAAAAAUGGAAAGAAGUUGUAAUGUUAGGAGAAAUGGCUGGCGAUAGUAUUGAAUUGUAUAAUCAACUAAUGUUUUUAAUUCAACAAAGAUUUAUGGAGACAGGAUGUUUCCAUUAUUGUUCAUUAAAAGUUGAAGUAAUGGUUGUUGUAUUUGAAAGAAGACAACCAUUAGAUGAUGAAACUGUUGUUUCCCAAUUCGCUUGUAAUUUAGAUGCUUAUGUACGUGACAGGCAACUAGAAUCACAUGCUAUAUCCAAAAUACGAAGUAUAUUCGAACCAUCUAAACAAAAUCUUAAAGACCCAACCUAUAAAUCAUUAAAUGAACUUGAAUUUUUUGCAGAAAUGGCUAUGAUAGCUUGUGAUCCUCAUGUAACACAUUUUAUUUGCAAUUAUAUUAUUAAAAUUAUUUAUGAUAAUGCAGCUACUAAACAUAAAAUGCCGCGUGAUCAGCAUGUUCUUCAUGUAUUAAUAAAACUUCUUCACCUUGGAUCUUGUGCUCAUAAAGCUGUUACAAUUCUUGCAAAUGGCGAAAUACUUUCAACGGAUGAGGCUUUUGAAGGAUUGCAAGAUGUCAAUUCUGAAAUCUACACAAAAUUUCUUCCUGAAUUUACUUGCCUUAUUAUUGAUGAUCUUAUAAAUGAUAUGUUUAUUCAAAAUAAUUUGUUAUCUCGCGAUUCAUUUCCUCAAAUUUUAAAAUACAAUACUCCUAUAUCUGAUCAAUUAGUUAAUUUUUUGGAGGAAGAUCGUGUAUGUGCAUUAAUAUGGAUGUUUUAUUAUGUUGAAAUACUUCCAAAAGGUAAAACAAUACAUGCUACUGAAACAAUGAACAAAUAUCUUGAUAAAUUAAAAAUUUUAAAUGACAAUCUUAUUUAUCAGACACCGUGGACAAAUUUUUUGGUUCAACGUGUCAUCUGUUCUUCGGGAAUCUUUGAUGGUUACCUUAAUCCAAGUAGUUAUAUUCAUCUAUUUCUUGAUCAAAUAAUAUGUAGUCAAAUGGAACAUCGUCUUGAAGCAAAAUAUUUUUUAUUACGAUUUGUAUGCUAUGCUAAAACAGUUCUUGGCGAAUGGAUGACAAAGAAAUAUUUGGAAAGAUUGAAUCCAAAAGUUUUAAUUGCCGAAGGAAGUUGUAUAUUUGGUGAAGAAGACAAAGCAAAUUAUCUUGAAGCAUAUGAUAAGAUUUUGAAAAAAUUAGCACCAAAAACAAUUACUAUUGAUUAUAAGGAGGAGACGAAUAAAGUACAAACUAUAAAUUAA